AGAGCGGUGAGAGGGCGCCAGUAGUCGCAUAAGAGUUACUUGAGGAAGUUUAGACGAAAAGGCAAGAUGAUGUCUGAUGGAGUGUUGGAGUGUUUGUGUAGCACAGCUAAAUUAGAACGGGACAAAGGUGUGGUAGAACUGCAGAAGAGCAUCUCGACACUCAGCGACAGCGAACUGAAUGAACUGCAAGAAGCGAUUGUGACGCUGUACCGUCGGGACGACUCGCCUUGGGAGACGAAACAUGGAGCUCUGAAAGGCACCGCCGUCAUACUACACAGCAAACGAGCUUCUCGUGAUUUUGUCACCUACAUCAAGGACAACCUUUCGCCGCUGUUGGACGACGAGGAGUUUCGAGUCCGGCUGGCCGCCGGUGAAGCGAUGGGUGCCCUCUGCGAAAGUGUCGGCGUGGAAAUCUACAUCGACGCCAAAGUUGACAUCCUGAGAGGAAUCGCAGACAACCUGGAACGGGAACCGUCGGCCGCUGACCAAGAAGACAAUGCCAGGCACGACGAAAUUGUACUGUCUUCUCUUUCGUCCGGAGGUUCGUCGAAAUCUUUCAGUCUGAGCCGGUGCAACAGCGCCGAGAAGAUUUUCCAUGAUACUGCCGGUUGGAAGUCCUUGGAAACGUGGAUGAAAUGCCUCCAGAGCGUGAUCGUUGGUUGUGGUACUUUAUUCAACUCCCAGAUUGAUCAGGAAUUGCUGGACUUGAUAUUCCUCUCACUCAAACACACCAAUCGUUUCGUGCGCGAAACAGGUUUCUACGUAUGUUCGGCCAUUGUCAACUGCACCGUCGAUUCCAAAGGAGGAGAACAGCCGGUCGUGACCCUGGAGGACAAUGCCGUCUACCUAUUCGGUGAUCAGCUCGCUAUUCAGUUAGGGUUCGGCUUGUCGGACAACUGGAGUCAGGUUCGUCUCGCCGCCUCGGUCGCCACCCGAAAUUUCAUCGUCAACUUGCCGUCAACCGAAGCCCGUGCCAAGUUCUUCCCCGUGCUCCUGCCCAGAAUGUGUCUGAACCGCUACUACGCCGCCGAAGGGGUGCGCAUCUAUUCACAGGAGACCUGGCGCCUGGUGACCGAUGGACGCGGUAAACAGCUGGUGGAACAGUACAUUGACCAAGUUGUACAGUAUUACGUUGAACAGACCUACGCCGACAACCAUUCCGUGAGAGAGGCUGGAUGUGCUUGUAUUGCGGAACUGGGAUCAAAGAUCGACAAGGAUGCCAUCCGGCCCUACAUUGGAGACCUACUGAAUGCUCUGGUCGCCUGCUUCCAGGACGACAGCUGGCCCGUCCGUGACGCAGCCUGCCUGGCCUCAGGCAACUUCAUCGAAUGCUUCCCCGAUGAAUGUAAGUGCAAACUUGAAGUCCUUUUCCCUUUGUUUUUCGCUAACCUCAGAGAUAACAUUCCUUCGGUGCGCCAAGGGGCCGCGCAGGCGCUCUGCAACGUGGUCAAAGCGUACGGCGACGAGUGUCGCCACAUGGUUGUGAGCACGAUCAAAGAAGGCCUGACUGGUAUCGAACAGCAGGCGGCCACCGCCGAAAAGUAUAGCAACCUGGACAAAGGCCUAGCCACCUACGGUGUAGCCAAACAGCUGAGGGACAACGAUAUGGAACUACACACCGACAAACAGAUGUAUUCGUGCGGGUCGCUGGCUCCGAAAAUGGGGCGCGGCGGUGGAUGCAUGGAUCACAAAUUUCGCAAACCCGCAGAACCCUGGGAAUAUACCGACGGUUGCAUCAACCUGGUCGCCGAGUUGGCUUCUCUGCCGCCCAUGUCAUCGACAGUUACCCAGCUGCUGCCCUUCGUCGCCAAUGCGGCCAGUUUUCGCCACUACACCCAGCAUCUUUACCUCCUGGAGACUGUAUGCAAGAGGUUACCAGCCCUGGCCUACGGGAUAGGGAAGAGGAACUUCAAGAGCCAACUGGAGACCUUCUUUGACUGUGUUUUCUAUGCGCUAACCUGUGAUAGCCCCCUGACUUCGAGUGCGGCCAGCCAGUGUUUGAACGCUCUCGGUAGUUUCCUAGGACCCAGCAUUUUGCGUGGACGUGUCGAGAUCUACAAUCCGAAAUACCUGGAAAUGUUGGAUGCUAACCAGUACAUUGCUCCUUUAUAGGAAAUACACGACUACCAUCACACACACACACACACACAUACAGAAAUAAAUAUAUACAUACGUCCACAUACACAGUAUGUGGCCGUAAAAUAGAAACUGCUGAUCUUCCUCUGUGCGUUGUGUCCCCUUUUCCUGCUACCUGUAUUUACACACACACACACACACACACACACACAAAUAUAAAUACCUACAUAUACGUAUACACACGUACACACACACAUUUGGUGAUGAAACACACACCACACACACACUUUCAGAUAUAUAUAUUUAUACACUUAUAUACACGGAUGUUUAGUUACUAGUUUAAUUUUGACUUUGUUAUAGUUGUUGUCAUAAAACUGUGCCAUAACUUUUCUCCUGGCCUAAACAGGGACCACCCAAACACUUCCCACAUCCACUUAAAUUUUAUCUAAUGUAUAUAUAUAUAUAUAUAUAUAUAUAUUUUUUUAUUUUCGUCCAUGUUAAGGGCAAGCGGUCUCCCUCCCCUCAAUUCUUCCUUUUUUUUCCUCUACCUAGUUCUGUGUUCCUAAACUUUUGUUUUUGGGGGUGACACCUCCGUCUCUGCUCUGUCCAUGUUUUUUAUGUGUGUAUUAUAUAUAUAUAUAUAUAUAUAUAUAUAUAUAUAAUAUAUAUAUAUAUACACACCCAGCUUGAACUCAUGAUCUCUGAUACAAUUUUCAAAAUAUCAAGAAUUAUAUAUACUCAGACAU